AUUGGAAGCAUCCCCAGGGUUUAUUGUUCCCCACAAACCAAUUGUCAUGUCACAUAUUAAGUUCAGUCUCAGUACACCCCGUAACACAGAAGUUGAAGGAUGUGAGUCUUCCUGUGGACACUAGGGAUUUUCUUCACUAGUCUCCACCUUAAAAGACGCUCCCACUCCUAAGGUUGUGGAAAUCGAGGUCACGCCCACUUACAAGAUGAUUGGCUGGAACAUGGCGAUCCUAGUUAGUCAUUGGCCAGCGCCUUCCCAUUGAAUUGCUUCCACCUUCACUUUUGUCAAUUUUUUGCGCUUUCAUUGAAUUGACCGGCGGCGGACUGCAAGUGCAGCAUCGACCCACACACAGUCCUGAGUGUCUCACAGCGCCGGGACGGAACUUUGGGUGGAUAUAAAUGAGGAAAAGGUAACAGAUUUGGUUUCUAAAGACAAACUGAAGAACACACAGGCGGAGAAAAGCCGUGACUGCGGUCUCAGGACAGAGAAACAGAGGAUCAGUAUCCAGUCGCUGGAGCUCAUACAGUAAUGAUCACACUCUCGUGUCUCCGCCACAUAAAGCGCUCUCCGGACUCUCUGCAGGAAUAACAACACACAACGCGGGGAUUAAAGCUCGGGCUGUUUAAACACACAGGAAUAAACACAGGAAUAAAACACAAUGCCGGACCAGAUCACGGUGGCGGAGUUUGUGGCCGAGACGAAUGAAGAUUACAAAUCACCCACAGCCUCGAACUUCACCACGAGAAUGGGGCAGUGUAGGAACACGGUGACUGGUCUGGAGGAGGCUUUGGAUGUGGAUCGCAGUGUGCUCUACAAAAUGAAGAAGUCAGUGAAGGCUAUUUACACCUCAGGACUAGCUCAUGUUGAGAAUGAGGAGCAGUACACUCAAGCUCUGGAGAAGUUCGGCGAGAACUGUGUGUACCGGGAUGACCCUGACCUUGGCUCAGCCUUCCUCAAGUUCUCUGUAUUUACCAAGGAGCUCACCGCCCUAUUCAAGAAUCUGUUUCAGAACAUGAAUAACAUCAUCACGUUUCCACUGGACAGUCUGCUGAAGGGCGAUCUGAAAGGGGUGAAAGGGGACCUGAAAAAGCCAUUCGAUAAGGCCUGGAAGGACUACGAGACCAAAGUCACCAAGAUAGAGAAAGAGAAAAAGGAGCACGCGCGGCAGCACGGAAUGAUCCGGACAGAGAUCAGCGGGGCCGAGAUAGCAGAGGAGAUGGAGAAGGAGAGACGUUUCUUUCAGCUUCAGAUGUGUGAGUACCUCCUCAAAGUGAAUGAGAUUAAAAUCAAGAAGGGUGUGGAUCUGCUGCAGAACCUCAUCAAGUAUUUCCAUGCACAAUGCAAUUUCUUUCAGGACGGCCUGAAGGCUGUGGACAACCUGAAACCCUCUAUAGAGAAACUGGCUACUGAUCUGCAUUCGAUCAAGCAGGUUCAGGACGAGGAACGCCGACAGCUCACGCAGUUACGAGACGUGCUGAAGACGGCGCUGCAGGUGGAGCAGAAAGAGUCUAGGAGAGAUUCCCAAGUACGGCAAAGCACCACCUACAGUCUGCACCAGCCACAGGGGAACAAGGAGCAUGGCACUGAACGAAGCGGGAACCUGUACAAGAAAAGUGAUGGUCUAAGGAAAGUGUGGCAGAAGAGGAAGUGCACGGUGAAGAACGGCUACCUGACCAUCUCCCACGGGACGCCAAACAGACCACCAGCCAAGCUCAAUCUCCUAACCUGCCAGGUCAAGCACAACCCAGACGAGAAGAAAAGCUUUGACCUCAUCUCACACGAUCGAACGUAUCACUUUCAGGCGGAGGAUGAGGCCGAGUGCCAAAUCUGGAUCUCUGUGCUGCAAAACAGUAAGGAGGAAGCGCUUAACAACGCCUUUAAGGGAGACCAGCACGUCGGCGAGAACAACAUCGUUCAGGAGCUGACCAAAGCCAUCCUGGGCGAGGUCAAACACAUGACCGGGAACGACGUCUGCUGUGACUGCGGUGCUCCUGGGCCCACAUGGCUGUCCACCAACCUGGGAAUUCUGACCUGUAUAGAAUGCUCUGGGAUCCACCGAGAGUUGGGAGUGCACUACUCCAGAAUUCAGUCCCUCACGCUGGAUGUCCUCAGCACAUCAGAACUCUUGCUGGCCAAGAACGUAGGGAACGCUGGUUUUAAUGAGAUCAUGGAAGCAGGUUUGAGUACAGAAGUUACGGUCAAACCAAAUCCUACCAGUGAUAUGCAGGCCAGGAAAGACUUCAUCACAGCCAAAUACACAGAGAAACGCUUUGCUCGUAAGAAAAGCCCAGACACUGCGUCCAGACUGCACACCUUGUGUGACGCUGUGAAGGCCCGCGACAUCUUCUCCCUCAUCCAGGUCUAUGCUGAGGGAGUGGACUUAAUGGAGCCCAUUCCUUUGGCCAAUGGACAUGAACAAGGAGAGACAGCACUGCAUUUGGCAGUGAGGCUGGUAGACCGAACCUCGCUACACAUUGUAGAUUUCCUCACACAGAACAGUGUGAAUCUGGAUAAGCAGACAUCGAAGGGAAGCACAGCGCUGCAUUACUGCUGUCUUACUGAUAACAGCGAGUGUCUCAAACUGCUCCUAAGAGGCAAAGCUUCCAUAGACAUCGCUAACGAGGCAGGUGAAACACCACUGGACAUUGCUAAGCGACUCAAACAUCUGCAGUGUGAAGAGCUGCUCAACCAGGCACUCGCUGGUAAGUUUAACGCACACGUGCAUGUUGAAUAUGAGUGGCGGCUUCAGCACGAAGACCUGGACGAGAGUGAUGAAGAUUUGGAUGAGAAGUCCAGUCCCCUGCGGCGAGAGGAGAGGCCGGUCAGUUGCUACACGCCUGGCAGCUCAGUGAUGCAGCCCAGUGCUGCCAGUGGGUCCAAAGACAAACAACAGCGCUGCUAUGUCCCAAAUCUGGUCAACAAUGAGACGUAUGGCACCGUUGUCAACACCAGUCCCUCCAGUGGGGUCUUAUCCACCUCAGCACCCCCACUGCCUCCCAGAAAUAUCGGGCAGCUGACUGGUCACAGCGGAGUUCUCCAAAGUUCUCCAGCAUGGAAGCCUGGCUCCAUAGAUCUCUCAGGCAGGCAGAGAUCAUCCUCAGAUCCCCCUAAUAUGCAUCCGCCUGUUCCACCCAUGCGAGUCACUUCAUCCUCCUUCAUUGCGCCGGCCGCUCCUCCUCCUCCUCUGUCUAAACCAGCUGGUGUGAUGGAGACCAUGACCAUGCAGAGCAAAACUGGACAGGUGCCUCAGGGCCAGAGCAUUAGCAGAGGAACCGCUCCAAGCUCAGACAAAAGCUACAGCAAGGGUCCCCCGGACACCACAGAGAGACCAGGUAGAUGUCAAAGAAACGGCUUAAUCCCAAAGGAAGUUCCUGGAUGCCCUCAGAGAACGAGCGGUCAGUCGCUGGCUCCAGGCCACAUACCCAGGAAAACAUACCCGAAGCAGAGGCCGAAAAGGGUGAAGGCCAUCUAUAACUGUGUGGCUGAUAACCCUGAUGAGCUGACGUUCACUGAGGGCGAGGUGAUUGUUGUAGACGGAGAAGAGGAUCAGGAGUGGUGGCUGGGACAUAUAGAAGGUGAACCGAUGAGGAGAGGUGCCUUCCCUGUCACAUUCGUACACUUCAUGGGAGACUGACAGUCAAAGAUUUCCGACGCUGACCCAGGCUGAUCUGAUCAUCCCCUAGCAUGUUUCUAUCUCCACAUACUUAAGCUCUAUUAAUAAUUCUCCUCAUCCGCUUCACCUCCAUCAUGAAGCUUGUGCCUGUACUGACUCUUUCCAAUUAGCUUGCACCAGCGAGCAUUGCUCGACUCAUGCACUGGAGGCUUUUUCUUCCUGAAUGUUUUAACACCUCACCUUUAUGUUUGAAAUACGGUCAAUAGUUUGAGUGUUUCAGCUCACUUUGUUGACCAAAAAAAAAGAAAUGUAGUCAGUUGCAUUGACACAGUGAAUGCACUUUUAUGUAGUUCUUUAAAAGGAAAAAAAAAAGGAAAAGCUUUAUGGAUCUCAACACUGAACUAUUCGCAUCCAUGCAGAUUUAGACGGAGAUGAUUUGGGAGGACGGUUAAAGGAACUGGACAGAAGGUGUUUUUUUUUUUUUAAAGCACUGCAUUGGAGCAGAAAGCGAAGUUUGCUGUUACCUUCCCUUGGGAUCCUUCACUGUCCCCGUUUCCACGCUUGCUGCCCCACAUCAAAACUUAUAAAUAGAUCCUUCACUGCUCAAACCUGGGAGCGCUCCUGCACUUCGCUACACUACAUAUCUGUGAAAAAGACAUCCACAGCAUGCAUUUUGGAAUAUAACAGACAACCAGAAUAAUAAUAACCCGUGUGUGUGUGUGAGAGAGAUAUUAAACUGAAAGAAAGAAGCAAAUACUGCUGCAUCAUAAAAGAUCAGGAAGAUUGUGACAACCAGCACAGAUCACACAACAAUCCAAACAUCUGGUUCAAAUGAAGUGUGUCUUCUGAGGACCUGAGCAGUUUGCUGUCCCCGACCUGCUGCUGUCGUCCUUUUUUCUUCAGCUUUGUCAUGUUUUCACAAUCGCAUUGUUUCAAUUCACUCACUAUAACAAUAGUGUCAUACUGAGUUUAUACUAGCUUUAUGUUAAUAUGACCAAUGCUCAUAUUUAUGUCCUGUAGGUCUCGUUGAGAUUUUAAUACUUUUUAGAGUUGGGUAAUUAACGUCUGCCUAGGUUUUUGGAUAUGGUAGGACCAACCCUCCUAAUGUACCCUUUAAUGGAGAAAAGCAUUCCUCAGUAACCGUGCAUCUCCAGACCCCUAACCUCCCGCUAAUGUACCCCCCAUUCCUUACCUUUUGUUCCUGAAGUGGAGGUUGCACGUGUAAUAUUGUACAGCAAUACAUUUUAUGUGAUGAAGUUUUCAUUUGGUUGCAGAGCAACUCUAUAGAAUGUUCUAUGACAUUUUAAUUAAACUCUACAUAGUCCCUGUUGAGCUUGAAACACAGUGACCUGUAACUUUAGCAAUGAGAAGAGACUUUUAAUUAACUUUCAGAAUCUUCCUCUGCCUCUCAACUCACUGGAAAUGAAUACGACUUUGUCUUAUGUGGCACUGUAAAUAACUGAAGAGUUUAUAUGUGUAUAUUUAAUAGUAAACGUAAAACUGAACCGAGCAACGAUGUCAUGUAUCAAACUCUAGACAUCCGGACAUUUCAAAAUGAAGCAAGGACGAACGUUUCACUCAUUUACUGUCAUUCUGUUGACUAAUAUUGUACAAAUAAAUGGCAAAACUGGAAGUUAAAUCAAGCUUGUGCCUUGUUAGAAUGUAUUGUUUUGGGGGCUUUUUUUUUUUUUUGCUUAAAUGUAAUGUUUGUUGUUGUUUUUUUUUUUGUUUUGUUUUUUUUUUAAAAAGCCUGAAUUUGAGAAUUUUCGCAGGUUCUACUUUCUGAUUUAUCCGCAAACAAUCACACUGACCAGCUUGUUCCUUGACCCCAUGUUGAAGAACAUAACAAGAUCGCCAUCUAGUGGAGUACAGAAGACGACACUUGGUGCACUGUUAGAUAUUAAUGUAUCAAGAGUAUAACAUGAGGAACACAUUCGUGUGUGUCAUUACUACAUGAUAAUAAAUCCAUCAUCAUUUCUAAAUUUUA